GAAUCUGUCAUUAUGGUCGGCAACAAGUCAUUCCAACCGCGGCAAUUCUUAUUGCAAGUCCACAAAAACACUUCAUACAAUGAUUUGGUGCGAGGUGAAGAACACCUGCGUCAGGGUGUUGAUCAACGUGCCGAAGCCCUCAAAUCCUUGGUCCAUACAAACUUUGAUCGAUUUGUGAGCGCAAAGAACACGAUUGAUCAUGUGUAUGAGGAAAUGAAAUCCAAGCAAUUAAAUGAGGAUCAAGAUUAUGGUACCGGAGCUCUAAGAGCAGCACUUGAAGAUGCCAAUACGAGAGCUGAACAAAUCUAUGGCCCUAUUGUGGAGAGAAGACAACGUGUGGACAAGGUCCGAAGCACCUUGACAAUUCUUCAGCGUUACAAGUUUUUCUUUAAUCUUCCUAGUACCAAGCUUUUAUUUUAUUUUACUUUUUUUUUAAAAAAAUAUAUAUUUAGCAAAUAUGAUACGGCUAUCCGUGAUUACAAGCGUGGAAAAUACCUUUAUCAAAGUCUGAAUGGAAAUGAAAAUAUUGGAGAUGAAGUUGUCAGUGCCAUGUCAAAUACCGAAACGUUUGGCAUGACCGAUUUGCAUCGUAAAGUGUUUGAAAAGGUCUGGGCAGAAGUCAACAAGAUUGUGGUUGAAUUACAAAGUGUUUUACUAAAGAUGUUGGCUGAUCCUUGGAGAAGUAUGGACGAACAAGAAAAGACUAUAAACUUCUUGUUUGAUCUGGACACCACAAAGGACCCGGCAUGGUUCUAUCUCGACAGUCAAUACUUGUGGAUCGUGGGCCUUAUGAAGGAAACUUACGAAGCUGGGUUAGAAAAGAUUAAGCUCGCAAUGCACUCUCUGGAGUCCGAGGAAUCCUCCAUUGUGCGCAGUCUGUCACUAAAAAAAGCCAUUGCUCAGCUUUCUUCGGCUGCAUCGAAUAACACCAAGAAUGACGGCAGCAAUAUCAACAGCAACAGCAGUGGUAUGGGUGGCAGAGGAGGCAGCGGAGGCAUCAGCAGCAUCGGCAUCAGCGCCAGCAGCGGCGGGGCUGAUAUCCGUACCUGGCGUGCAAUUCUUGAGAUGGUGCAGUCGCUUUCGGCGCUUUUACAUCGCUGUCUUCCUGAUUUCUGGCGGCUGUCCAAGGCAUUCAUCGAAGGAAAAUUUGUGAAAAAGACUGGAAACAGUAACACCAGUAACAGCAGCAAUGUUGACCAGUGUAGAAAGAUGGCCCGCAAUAUUGUUGACCUCUAUUCCUCCUUGUUGUCUACCCAUUUUGGACUGGAUGAGCGUGUAUUGCCUGUACGGCGGAUGGCCGACGACAGCGAGCAAACCGUCCUACCGUCGUUUUUACCCCCAAAUGCCAAUUCUAUCCAUGUGGCUGAAUAUUUUACGCGCAUUGUGGCUGAUUUGGCAAACUGCGUCAACGAUAUGCAUGGGAUUCACUUGGCAGGAGAUGCGUUUUCGGGUCUAACGGAAUUGAUGGAAAAGGCAAGGUGGAAGUUUGUGGAUGUGCUGUGCAAGUGCUGGGAAAGAGACGCAAAAACAUUUUAUAUGCUAGAGGACUGGGUGCUUGAUCCAGAAAGCCCUCAGUGCACGGGUCUUUUGAAACGGUAUUACGAGUACCACAAGUUUUGUGCACGGUCAGCAUACAAGAUGGCUAGUUUAAUGGCUGUUACAGAUGACGCAAUCCAACAGGGAAGACAUGAUAUUGGAAGUGACUAUGUAGAAAAGAUCCGGUCUUCGUUUUUGGAAUCGACUUAUGCAUUUUUGGAUGGGCUUGUCCAACUAGCCUUUUCAGAUUAUGUUCCAUUAAAUGAACGUGAUGAAUUGAUGCUUGCCAAGAAACGAGAUAAGAUCGAUGUACAUUCCAUGGAUAUCCGUAUUUUGUUGACAGUUAGUAAUCUAUCAUUUAUGAGAUCAACUGUGAUGCGUAAAUUGGUCUUAUUGUUUGAGAUGGCCUACAAAUGUAGUAUGGAGGAAGAUCUCAAGACUUUGAUUGAUGUGGUUGAUCAACUGGACAGAAUCUUGUUUAAUGAUUACGUUAAACGAAAGUCUCUCUUGAUCAAAGACAUCAUUAGACAAGGUAUUCUGUUGAGUGGUAUCGAUUGGUAUAGCAUCUCCAAGCCAACCGAGGUUCACUCGUUUGUAUAUGAGGCGUUGAUGACACUUGUAAUGGUGCAUGCCCAGGUUAGCAGCGUUACUCGCCAACUUAUUCACCGAGCCCUGUCACUCCUACUGGAGAACAUGGCCAAUGAUUGUCUGGAGAGUUUCCGCCAGGUAGAGAGGUUUGGAAUGGGAGGUAUGCUCCAGGCUACUCUGGAGAUUGAAUUUAUGCACCAGACCUUGUCUCAAUACCUCACCCCAACUGCGUCAGAAACCCUUCAUUUGAUCUACCAGACUCUAGAAUACGCUUACAACCCUCAGCAACAACACUCUGGUAAUCUGCAAUCAGAGCUCAAUCACGUUAAAGAACUAUUGGUAUUUAGUCGAAAGAGUACUGUUGUACAGUUCCUUUGCUUUAAACAAAACAAAGACCGUAGAUGAUACAAAAAUUAAUUACCACUACACACACACAUAUAUAUUCAAAAUAAAAUAAAAUAAAAAACAUUAGU